AUGACAAAAGAGGAUGUAGAUUUGGUAGAGCAAAGGAGAUCAAGUAGAGUUGAACAUAAGGUUAUUAAGAAGAAGAAGAAGAAGAAGAGGUGCAAAAGAAAGGUGAGAAUUCAAGUGAAGAGGCCUGUGAAAAUGAUUUCAAGGACACUGCAGAAGCUAUUUGAUUUAUGCCAACAAGUUUUUAAGGGUCCUGGCACUGUUCCUUCACCCAGUGAUGUGCAAAGAUUGUGUCACAUUCUUGAUGUUAUGAAGCCAGAAGAUGUGGGGCUGAAUAGGGAUCUGCAAUUCUUUCAACCCAGAAGUGUAGUAGUCGAAGGGAAGCAAAGAGUUGCAUAUUCUACUAUCUAUAAAUGCCAUAAUUUCUCUCUGUGCAUUUUCUUUCUUCCUGCAACUGCUGUCAUACCUCUCCACAAUCACCCCGGGAUGACUGUUUUCAGCAAGCUUCUGCUCGGGACUAUGCACAUUAAAUCAUAUGAUUGGGCCGAUACCCAUGGUUCUGAUAACUACGAUUCACUUUCAAUAUUGAAACUGGCAAGGAUGAAAAUAAACAGAAGCUUCAGAGCACCAUGUGAGACCUCUGUAUUAUAUCCUACAUCAGGAGGAAAUAUCCAUGAAUUCACUGCUGUAACACCAUGUGCUGUUCUUGAUGUUCUUGGACCUCCCUAUUCUAAACACGACGGCCGGGAUUGCUCAUAUUACAGAGAGAAUUCAUACGGUAUUUUGUCAAAUAGAGAUGAAUUUACAAAGACAGAAGAUGAUGGCCAUCGUUAUGGAUGGUUUGAAGAGAUUGAAAUGCCCCAAGAAUCAGAAAUGGAUGGAAUUCCGUACAUGGGUCCACAAAUUGAUGAAUCCAUUUCGUAA